GUCACUUCGUCGUGCCGCAUGGAUAUCGUAUCGAAGUUGUCUCCUCUAGGUAUGGCAUACGUCCCGUUCACGUCAGACUGAUUUGUUUGAAAUAAGAAAAACAUCAGAAUGAUGUGGAUACGCCCAUCCGUCGUUGUGCUGAUGAUAGUGCUACAGACCUGUGGGGCAGACAGGUUAGAACGAAUGGAGCGUCGAUUGGAACUGAAACUGAAAGCCCUUCAGGCCUACGUCGAGGUGAUAGUGAACGCAAAUGAAGGAGAUUUUGUUACACUAGCUGAUAGAGUUUCUAAGCUUGAAUCAAUAGUUUCCACGUCAGAAAACGAUAUCAGAGAGACUACAAGUAACGGUUCAAGGAACGAGCAUACUAUAGCAUAUACAAAACCAGAAUUGAAUAACAUUCAAAAUACUCUCACUAUGUAUAAGCAUUCCUUUGAAAAACAAAAAAAGGGAAAUGAACGAUGUUAAGAUUGUUCUUAAAGAUACAUUGUCGGUGUUUCGUUCAAACGUUUCCUUAACUAUUAACUCAUUAACCAACGCUGUCAGUGAUCAUGUGAAUCAUGGCGCCGAUGAGAUAUCAGCUACUUUAAAUAAUGUAAGCGAAACAUUAGUUGAAACUGGGAGUCGUUUGCGCUAUGAUAUAUUCACAUAUUUGGGCAAUCUCAGCUCUGAAGUUAAAACUGAGUUGGCCAUUAAUAUUGAAAGGGAAAUAGAUGACAACAAUAAAACAUUGAUUGCUCUAAAUUCUCAAGUCCGAGAUUAUAUCGCCAAUGAAACAGAAAGUCUAGCCUUUUUUAAAACUAAUAUACUUCAAGACAUGAAUGAAACACGGGCUCAUGUGCGAAACGAAACAACUGAACUUGAAAAUAAGGUUGAAGAGCUAAUAGGUAGAGCAAAUGAAGUUGUUGGGAUCAUUGAUAAGCAGGGAUCUACAAUAGAAGACGGCAUUAUGGUCACCAUCAAGGCGCUUCACAGUUCCUGGAGUGACUGGUCUGCAUGGUCCGACUGUUCUCAGUCAUGUGACAGCGGCAGCAAAAGUAGACACAGGUCAUGUGAUGUACUUCCGCCUAUUACUGAAGGAUUUUGCAUUGGAAAUGCAACAGAAACAAAGGAAUGCGUCAUUCACGAGUUUUGUCCAUAUUGGGGGGAAUGGUCGCCAUGGUCUCAAUGUUCCCAAACAUGCACCACUGGAACAAUGACGAGAGACAGAUCAUGCAAUGCACCGGCUUCUCUUGCAUCAACUUGCCAAAGAAAUGUAACUGAAAGUCAGACAUGUGUGAUGUUAGCCGAAUGUCCACGGACAACCACGGUCAACGCGUGUGAAGGGUUUCUAUGUUCUGACGGUAAUUGUAUUCCUGACUCUUGGGUUUGUGAUGGCGAUCAUGAUUGCUCGGAUGGAGGAGAUGAAAAUAACUGUGAAACGAGAACCUGUACGUCCAGCCAGUUUCGCUGCUCUAACGGGCAAUGCAUCAGCAAUAGUUCGGUAUGUGAUGGCGUCUCGCAAUGCUAUGAUGACGGUGAUGAGGAAAACUGUGACACCUGUGCAUCCGGCGCGAUCCUUUGCUCUUCCGUAAGGUGUAUACACGAGAGUAAUGUAUGUGAUGGACGUUCAGACUGCCUUGAUGGAAGUGAUGAGGUAAACUGUGAGACGAGAACCUGUACAUCCAGCCAGUUCCGCUGCUCUUCCGGGCAAUGCAUCAGCAAUUCUUUGGUAUGUGAUGGCGAUUCGACAUGCCGAGAUGGAAGUGAUGAGGAAAGCUGUGAAUCCUGCACAUCCGGCGCGUUCCUUUGCUCUUCCGGGGGAUGUAUCGACGAGAUUUAUGUUUGCAAUGGCCACUCGAGCUGCCCGGAUGGAAGUGAUGAGUUAAACUGUGAGGCGAGAACCUGUACAUUCAGCCAGUUCCACUGCUCUUCCGGGCAAUGCAUCAGCAAGUAUGGGGUAUGUGAUGGCUUUCAAGAUUGCCAAGAUAAAAGUGAUGAGGAAAACUGUGACACCUGUGCAUCCGGCGCGUUCCUUUGCUCUUCCGGAAAGUGUAUACGGGAGAGUAAUGUUUGUAAUGGAAGUUCAGACUGCCCUGACGGAGAUGAUGAGGUAAACUGUGAGACGAGAACCUGUCUUACCGACCAGUUCCGCUGCUCUUCCGGGCAAUGUAUUGGCAAAUGUUUGGCAUGUGAUGGCGGCUUGCAUUGCAGUGAUGGAAGUGAUGAGGAAAACUGUGACACCUGUGCAUCCGGCGCAUUCCUUUGCUCUUCCGGAGGGUGUAUCAGUGAGACUUAUGUAUGUGAUGGCAAUACGACCUGCCAUAAUGGAAGUGAUGAGGUAAACUGUGACACCUGUGCAUCCGGCGCAUUCCUUUGCUCUUCCGGAGGGUGUAUCAGUGAGACUUAUGUAUGUGAUGGCAAUACGACCUGCCAUAAUGGAAGUGAUGAGGUAAACUGUGAGACGAGAACCUGUCAAUCAAACCAGUUUCGUUGCACUUCCGGGCAAUGCAUCUAUAAUGAUUGGAUAUGUGAUGGGGAGAAUGACUGCAAUGAUAGAAGUGAUGAGGUAAACUGUGGAUUGUGAUGGCGAUGAAGAUUGCACGGAAGGAGGUGAAGAAAGAAAUUGUGGGACUACAUGAAAUUACCCUAAAGACGAAUUAUAAAAGGACCAAUGACGUUUUAUCCCGGGUAGGAUGAUGGAUCCGCCGCUUUACCCCUACAAAUGCUUACCGUCCUCCUUGGAGGGACGUUCAACGGGCGUCCAUGAAAAAGUGCUAUCUACCAUUAUGCGGCUUAAACUAACAAGUCUGAUGCUCUAACAGGGACUGUCGAUAAAUAGGUGUGCACCUCCAUAUACAUCAUCAAAAACGAGACACAACCAACACGCUUUGUUCAUUACGUCAUCAGAUGUACUUAAUACACCUUUACAGACACACGCAACUAACAAAAUAUCCAUUAUUAAACAAUAGUAUACCUUACACAACUAUUUCCAUUCUAUUUAUCUGUAUAAAGACGAUCGGUUUGUAGACAUCAUAAAUAUAAGUUCAGGCCGUUGUAAUUUUAUCUAUAGAUCUGCGGGUUGAACUGAAUCUUUCCAGGGUUAAUUUGCGUACAUAGCUAAAACGUGAUUUAUCAGCGAUAAGGCGGUCAGAGGUCACGUGGCCAAUUGUAAGCCCCCCCCCCCACUUGCACCCAUUCUCAUUAUUCCUUCAGAAAUACUUGCUUGCAAAUGUUAAGCAGAAUUUAUGCAACAUAUUCCUUCAUCAUCCCAGUCCAAUUCUACAUAUUAUAAAAACACAUGUUUUCGAACGAAUAUAGUUGUACAUAGUGUUAAAGACAUUGGUUCAAUUGCUUGUUUUGUGUCCGAAUUAUUAUCCACCCGUCAUUGAAAUGGUUAACUAUAGUUUUUCGAAUAUAUUCAUGUAAAUGUAUUUUUUUAUGUAGUUUAUGCUUAUUGUUACAAUGAUGGCGUGUAUUUUGUUAUUGAAGUUAUAAUUAUGUCAGUUGUAUGAUGCCCAGUGGAAUAUAUGUUUUAUACGUUAAAUUGACAAUACCAGGUCUAAAUAAUAUUUAUUGAUUUACUAGAGACAAAGCUCUGUUUCAUUUAUUUAGUUGUAAGCUGGACGCUGUGCGAUCUACAUAUGCUAAUAAACCAUGUAUCUUAUGCC